GAAACUCUACAUUGGACUCAUACCUUUUGCCUCCUUUAUACAUUCAUUUGGGAACAAAAUGCUGAGCAGAAGGAAGAGAGACCCUCAGAACCAAUCAUAAACAUCUCAACAGAGAGCCUUCACCUUUUAGAUUCACCUUCACCUGUAGAUUUGCACAGAAAUCUACAACACUAUUACCAGAGGCCAAAAGAUGCAGAUACUGCAUGAUGAGUAACAGUGCAGAACUGCUACGAGAAAGAGCAAGAGGACACCAGCUGGGCAAAGCACUGCCCCACUGUCCUGCUCCAUACUGCCACUGCCCUGUUCCAUGCCGUCCCCUCCCCAAGCAGCCAUAAUGGAGCACACCAUGGAGACCCAUUUCACCUUCCACAAUUAUGCAGGAGACAAGAACCACCUGAGCAAGGAGGACCUGUGGGUGUUGAGAGAGAAGGAGUUGGUGCUGGACAAGAUCAUGAAGGACCUGGACUAGUGCCACAAUGGCAAGGUUGGCUUCCAGAGCUUCAUCUUGCUAGUGGCCGGGCUCAUCAUUACCUGCAAUGACUACUUGGUGGUGCACAGGAAACAGAAAGGCAGGAAGUGAGAGCACCUGGAUAAAUUUCUUUACUGAAAGGGUUGUGUGGCACUGGAAUAAGGUGCCCAAGGAACUGGUUGAAUCAUCAUCCCUGGAGGUAUUCAAUAAAUGUGUAGACGCAGAACAUAGGAUGGUUUAGUGUUGGACUUUAGUACUAGGUUAAAAGUUGGACUGGGUGAUCUUGGUAGUCUUUUCCAGCCUGAAUGAUUCUGUGAUUUUGCUUUCCUCCAUAUGCAACAUUUUGUCAGCCUCCACUUAUCUAAUACCUUCGCUGGUAAAGCAGGUGAUUACAAUGGAUUUAAGACCACUUAUUGUGUUGUAUCUGCAGUCCUGGUAUUCUUCAAUUGACAAUUGUUUGGAGACGUGCUUAUAUCCACUAAUAUGUAUCAUGUUCCCUAUUGGAUGAACAUGAUAAUAUGAGGGCAAGACUCUUCUUACCACUGAUAGGUCAAUGGAAACAGAGAAAGAUCUUAAACAGGCACAUUCAGUUUGUCUUUGAAAGCUCCUCUCUAAUCAUUAUUGGCAACAGGCUUUGUGAGUAGGGCAGACAGCUACAGUUCGACCCAGAGAUAGGUGGCAGACACCUAGUGUAGGUCUUCUGAAUGUGAAGGAGCUUUUGCAAGCCAAUGAGCAGAAAUGUGACAAAUGUAGGAAAAAAUAUAUAGAGAAA